UUUAAUUCCGUAGCGUUGAUGGAAGCCAAUCAGAGAGUGAGCCCUCUCUGCCCGGUGGGUGCCGCACGCUCGAGUUGAGAGGAUUGCUCAGCCUGCGAGCCCGGGUCGCGGCGGGCGCGCGGGUCCGGCUGCUCGAGCGGCGCUGCCGCGGCUGCCCAGGACGGGCGCUGGUUCCCGGGGAGCCUGGGCACCGCUCCUCUGCCUUCGGAUAUCCUCCGAGAGCCAAGCAAAGAACAGUAAGGAAGGAAGAAGGUAUGAGGCUGGCUACAGUGCAGUGAGAAAAGGCACUUCGCGGAGAGGGGCACCCACUCCCCAGAGACAGGACUGUGGCAUCAGAAUGAGAACUUACCGGUACUUCUUGCUGCUCCUUUGGGUUGGUCAGCCCUACCCAACUCUCUCUACUCCGUUAUCUAAGAGGACUAGUGGUUUCCCUGCAAAGAAAAGGGUCCUGGAGCUCUCUGGAAGCAGCAAAAAUGAGCUGAGCCGUUCGAAAAGGAGCUGGAUGUGGAAUCAGUUCUUUCUCCUGGAGGAAUAUACGGGAUCCGAUUAUCAGUAUGUGGGCAAGUUACAUUCAGACCAGGAUAGAGGAGAUGGAUCACUUAAAUAUAUACUUUCAGGAGAUGGAGCAGGAGAUCUCUUCAUUAUCAAUGAAAACACAGGGGACAUACAGGCCACCAAGAGGUUGGACAGGGAAGAAAAACCUGUCUACAUCCUUCGAGCUCAAGCUAUAAACAGAAGGACAGGGAGGCCCGUGGAGCCCGAGUCUGAAUUCAUCAUCAAGAUCCAUGACAUCAACGACAACGAACCAAUAUUCACCGAGGAGGUUUACACGGCCACUGUUCCUGAAAUGUCUGAUGUUGGCACAUUUGUUGUCCAAGUCACUGCAACUGAUGCUGAUGACCCGACUUACGGGAACAGCGCUAAAGUCGUCUACAGUAUCCUACAGGGGCAGCCCUAUUUUUCAGUUGAAUCAGAAACAGGUAUCAUCAAGACGGCUUUGCUCAACAUGGACCGAGAAAACAGGGAGCAGUACCAAGUGGUGAUUCAAGCCAAGGACAUGGGCGGCCAGAUGGGGGGGUUAUCUGGGACCACCACAGUGAACAUCACACUGACUGACGUCAACGACAAUCCACCCCGGUUUCCCCAGAGUACGUACCAGUUUAAAACCCCUGAAUCCUCUCCAUCGGGUACGCCAAUUGGCAGGAUCAAAGCCAGUGACGCGGAUGUGGGAGAAAAUGCUGAAAUUGAGUACAGCAUUACAGAGGGAGAGGGGCUGGACAUGUUUGACGUCAUCACCGACCAGGAAACACAAGAAGGCAUUAUAACUGUCAAAAAGCUCUUGGACUUUGAAAAGAAGAAAGUGUACACCCUCAAAGUGGAAGCCUCCAACCCUCACGUUGAAUCCCGCUUUCUCUACCUGGGUCCAUUCAAAGACGCAGCCACCGUGAGAAUCACAGUGGAAGAUGUGGAUGAGCCCCCUGCCUUCAGCAAACUGGCCUACAUCCUACAAGUAAGAGAGGAUGCUCAGAUAAACACCACAAUUGGCGCGGUCACAGCCCAAGAUCCAGACGCUGCCAGGAAUCCUGUCAAGUACUCAGUCGAUCGACACACAGAUAUGGACAGAAUAUUCAACAUCGAUUCUGGAAAUGGUUCGAUUUUUACAUCGAAGCUCCUUGACCGGGAAACAUUGCUGUGGCACAACAUUACAGUGAUAGCAACAGAAAUCAAUAAUCCAAAGCAAAGCAGCCGAGUACCUCUAUAUAUUAAAGUUCUAGAUGUCAAUGACAACGCCCCAGAGUUUGCUGAAUUCUAUGAAACCUAUGUCUGUGAAAAAGCAAAAGCAGAUCAGUUGAUUCAGACUCUACGGGCCAUUGACAAGGAUGACCCGUACAGUGGGCACCAGUUCUCAUUCUCUUUGGCCCCUGAAGCGGCCAGUGGCUCAAACUUUACCAUUCAAGACAACAAAGACAACACAGCGGGGAUCUUAACUCGGAAAAAUGGCUAUAAUAGACACGAGAUGAGCACCUAUCUCCUGCCUGUGGUCAUUUCGGACAACGACUACCCAGUCCAAAGCAGCACCGGGACAGUGACUGUCCGUGUCUGUGCAUGUGACCACCACGGGAAUAUGCAGUCCUGCCACGCCGAGGCCCUCAUCCACCCCACGGGACUGAGCACAGGGGCUCUGAUUGCCAUCCUUCUGUGCAUCGUGACACUACUAGUGACAGUAGUGUUGUUUGCAGCUUUGAGGAGGCAGCGGAAAAAGGAACCUUUGAUCAUUUCCAAAGAGGACAUCAGAGACAACAUUGUCAGCUACAAUGACGAAGGUGGUGGAGAGGAGGACACGCAGGCCUUUGACAUCGGCACCCUGAGGAAUCCUGAAGCCAUAGAGGACAGCAAAUUACGCAGGGACAUUGUGCCCGAAGCCCUUUUUCUACCCCGACGGACUCCAGCAGCUCGAGACAACACCGACGUCAGAGAUUUCAUUAACCAAAGGUUAAAGGAAAAUGACACGGACCCCACUGCCCCGCCCUACGACUCCUUGGCCACUUACGCCUACGAGGGCACCGGCUCCGUCGCCGAUUCCCUGAGCUCGCUGGAGUCGGCGACCACAGAUGGAGACCAAGACUACGACUACCUGAGUGACUGGGGCCCUCGGUUCAAAAAGCUCGCCGACAUGUACGGAGGCGUGGACAGCGAUAGAGACUCCUAAUCCGUUGCCUUGUUCAUCUUCCAAUACGACACUGAAAUACGUGGAGUUGCUAUUUCUUUCUAUUUAUCCACUGGUCGGUGAAGGGUUCUCUGUUCUACCCAUUCCAAAAGUCAAUGGCUGCAGUCUGCGCGGAUCCAAUGUUAGGGACUCUUUUCUAGUACACUUUUAUGAGCUUCCAAGAGGCAAAUGUUUAUUUUUUAGUGCAUCCACUUAACCAAGUCAGUCAGCCCAACAGGCACCACGCUAGAAGGAGGGGCCGGGGAGGAGUAUUUCCCCUUGCUCUCUGAGGGCAGGUUUGGAACGUACCCCGUGCCACUGGCCUGGUCUUUGCAGUACACUCCAUUGCCUCAGUUCAGCUGACUGCUCUGACUGUAUAUUUCACAUGCUAAUGGGAUAAGGGACUGUGCUUUAAUGACAACAAUAUAGUUUUAGUAAAAGCAAUGAGAGAGGAACAACUAUGAGGUUGUUUCGGGUAUAGCGGCUCACAAGGAGAUAAUGAACUAUGUAUGCGUGGUUAUUUCUGUCACAAAGUGUUUAAAAUGACAUCUGUCUAUCCUGUUUUGUUCUUCAUGAACUUCUUCUGGCACCGAUGACUAUUGAAAACAUCAAAUCCACCAAUGUUUUAAGAUUCUCUUUCCUCCUGAGGAAUGGAAGCAAAUUAAAUGGCAACUUUCAAAAAGAAACACAAAGAAACAAUAAGACCUCAUUUCUUUGCCACUAGCUCAUAAUUUGGUAGUAUUAAACACAUAAAAAUUUGCCCUUGCACCCUGUAAAAGGAAAGGGAAAUAACUGUUAACAAAGGAAAUAUUCUUCAUAUUUUAAAGUUUGUGCCAUCAGUAGGCUACUUACAAAUAAGUCUAAUUGUCUAAACAUCCUUGAAAGAACUUUUCUGAGGCAAAUUUUAACUCCUUGUCUGUAGUUGUCAAGAGUGUUAUGCUAGUAUACUGGAAAGUAGCAGUGUGAAGUACAAUGAUUCAUAUUCUUCACAUACUUCUUACACAAUAAAGUUGCAUUAGUAAAGGCAGAUUGAAUAAAACUCAAAUCCUCCUCUCAGAGUUUGAUGGGGAGGUAAAAGUCAGCCAUGCUUGAACCUGAUAAUCUGUCCUUCACAUAUGGAAACAUCUAUAUAUUUACAUAACAUGAUAGAUACAUAUGAACACUGAGAUCAUAGUGGAAAACCAACAUAUUACAGGUUUGGAAGACGCUUACAAAAGGAAAACAUGGAUUCCGUCCAACAAGAGUGUUUAAUAUUGUAUUCAAAUGGUAGUUGACUUUCAGAAGCAUUAAUAUUUUUUCAUUGUUUUUAACUUUGUUGCUAUGACGAGGCUAGCAUCCUUGUCUUUGAACUAAUGAUAAAGUAAUGGUCUCAAACUAGGACAGAAAAGUAAUGUACAAUCCAUCUACUCUAUUAUUUCUCUAAUUAUGCAAUUAGCAUCAUAAUUAUUAUCCAGAGGACCCAACUGAACUGAACUAAUCCUUUUGGCAGGUUCAUAUCAUUCAUUUCAUAUGGCUGUUCUAAUGAUUCUUAUCAUUAGAAUCUUACAUAGUGCCAUCAUCAUAAAUUUCCAAACUACUAUAAUGAAGACAUCUUUAUUUUGAACUUAGAAAAAAAAAAUAGGCUCUGUGUAUAUAUAAUAUGUACUUAAAAUAUGCUGACUUCAGCCAUUAGUCUUGGCAAUUUAUUUUGAAUUAAUGUUAAUUUUCUACAGAUAAUCUUAGUGUCAUCUCCAUAUGGAGAUAAUUUCAUAUCAGCACAUAUUUUCUGUUUGGAAACAUGCUGUUGUUCAGUUGAGUUUUAAAUAGGCAUAUUACCAGGAAGUAAAGACAGCACCUUUAAAAUAAGAGAAAUGUAGUCUUUCGGGGUGCCUGAUUAGGGUGAAAAUUUUUUACAACCAUUUUAUUCCUUGUGUUUCCCGAAUGGUUUCUGAUUUUGUAAUGGACUUCCCUGUAUACUAACAAGUAUUUGUUGUCUGGGCUAUUUCCUGCUUCCAGGGUUUUCUUUUGCUAGGUCUUCAUACACAUACAUGCACACACACACACACCCCGGAAUGCAAAAUACUACAGUAGGGCUUCACUCUAAUAAAUUGAUAUAUAUUAUAACCACAGUAAGUGUUGAAAAAGGAUAGUUUAGUAAAGUCAAUUAAUAAGAACUUGGUAUUCAUAGCAAUAGAACAGCACCUUAAUCACCGACUUACUGUAAAAAUUAAAGAGCUCUCUAUCCUUCUGUUUCAUGUCAUGUAAUAAAUUGUAUCAAGAAAGAUAGUCCAGUAAAAAGAAAAGUACCAUCAGAAAUCUUCCUUUUGAACUUUUGGGUUAAUUGAACUGUCUGAGGGUUGACACUAGCAACUUCCAACUUCUGCAGCGGAUUAUUUGAGAUGUAAUUGGCAGGGUAUUUUAUCCCACUCUGAAGAUGGUACAGUGUACCCAUGACAGGCUAAUACAACUACAUAUUGGAAUAACUGUUCAAUCUCUUACCAUAAAACCUGAUGAUAAAGUGAAUCUCUAAGAAAUUGGAUAAUUUAAUACCAGAGCUAAGGUUCUGUAUAAGUAUCAAGGUAGAAUAAUAAUCUCCUAUGAUUAAGACUUUCCACGUCACAGAAACAAUAAGAACCAUAGUUUCCAACACUCUGUGUGGGUCUCCCUUCCCACCAAGGCAUCCGGCCAGAGACCAGGAUCAACAUGAAUGAUUACAGGAAAAAAUACUAGUUUUAAGCCCAGUUUUCACACUGCUUCUGUCCUGUUAUCACAUGUCCUGAUAUUAGAAAGAUGGAAGAAAAGUGGCAAGAGGUAAAAUUUUAAUAUUUGUUUUAAUCACUGAAAACCUAAAAUUUAUUAAAUAUAAGAUCACUUCAAAAAUAGGGAGAUAUUCUUCAAACCACUGAGAUGUUCCUAAAAUAAGCUGAAAUUUUAAGAACAUUAAGCUAUUAUGAAUAAGUUUUUAGCCCCUUCAUUUCAUGAGCCCUUUCUGGUGUAAAUCCUGGCAAACAUUUGGCCCCAAAUAGAAACCUAAAUUAAAUGGAGAAGGAAAGAUGAUUCCAUAGAACUGUAAGAGAGAGCAUCUGAGCAAAGUAAAUAUAUGUUUUUUUUUUACAGAGUUUUCUUAGCUUUACAGUUUAGGAGCAUAAAGGGAAAUCUGGAUACAAAUUGACUCCAUUUUCAGAUGGAACAAAACCUACUGAUUCAAUUUUAACUCAGUACAAAAAUGUUUGGUCUGGUGCUUAUUUUCAGCUCCCAAAAAGUUGUACAAAAAGUUUUUAAAAGUUGACUCCCUUAGGCAUCCAAAUUUUAUGAAUCCAAAUUAACUUUAGAAUGUUUCCAUUACUUUCAUUUUUAAGUACCUAAAUUACUACCUGUCCUGAGCAAAACCUUACUUCAAAUACUUUGCCUGAAAUGGGUAUUUCAAUGGAGAUAAUAGUAUAUGAACUAUGCAUCGGGCAUUUCUCAAUUCUAUAUACUUGAGGAUCAUUAAAAGUAUGCAGUUGAAACGAAAGAACAGAGUUGAUCUUUGGGCACAAAAUAAUUAUUUAAGUCAAGUACAGCUAAAUCAUUUUUCCUAGGAAACGAACCACCAAAUAAAUUACUUUCACCUAAUCACUAGUUUUGAGGCAGUGUAAUUGUUUUGAAAGAACCUUCUAAAAGUCAUGAUCCUCACUAUUUUGAAAGAUAUCCUCUGAAAAGUAUCAUUUUUAGUGUAACAUUUUUUGUUUUUAUCUAAAUAAAAUGUUUUUUUGAACUGUGACGGGGUUAAAAAUCCAAGCAGUCUACUGUGUUUACAUUAACAGUACAACACAGUCUCCUUUAUCAGAUUAUAAGGGUGGAAAGAUCAGGAUUUAGUGCAUGGAUCUCAGGAACAUGAACUAUUUCCUAAAAUCUAAUGAGUAGCUUUCCUUUCCAGAUAAUUCAGAAUUACAAUAUGGUCUCCUUAAAAGUUUGGUGACUAUUACUGGUUGAAGCACUUUUAAUCUCCCUUUGGCAUCUUUAUGGAAUAAUUUUCUAAAGGGAUAAUUCUCUACAAAGAAACAUCAGACCCCAACUAGACAAUGUGCAGAGAUAGUCUCCCACUUAGAAAGGAAAUACACUGACUCACACACUUGUUAAAAGUUAAUAAAGAAAUAGCUCAUUUUUAAAGCCAGAAGUUUAUGGUCUCUGCAUCGUCAAUUUAAACAUUGUAGAGACAAUCUUUAAUCUACUCUCCAUUUUGCAAGACCUUAUUUACAAAGCACUUUCAUUUUUUAAUUUGGGAGGACUGUUAGCCUGACAGAUCCCACACACAAAAGUGCCGAAAGGAGGUCAAAUGGCAACAAACCCUUUUACGCACUGUACUGCAGACAAGACGGAGGCACUUAGCCCGAGAGCCACUGGGUUAUUAGAUUAAUUUCAAAAGAGCUUUUACACAUUGCUUAAUUCCAUUUUCUUAAAAACCCCUGUACCGCAAACUCAAAUUUCUCUUCAAAUGGGGUUAAUUUGACAAAUAAGGCAUAGAGCCAGUGUAGCGGAAAAAGCAUUCCACUGUAAUGAGAUCUUGGUCUUUCUUUCGAGACUACGUUAUUUAUGUAAAUAUGUCUACAGGCACCUUCUAUAUGCUUUUAGUUUUCUAUGAUCUAUUAGUUUAGUGUUUACUAAGAAA